AUGAAGAUAAAUCAGGCCAUGAGAGCCUCUAAGGCGUCGGCUGAGGCGUCGGAAGGCAUCAAGAGCGAGAUAAAAAGGUUGGAGAGGAGGGCAGCGGAGCUUGAGGAAAAUAAAAAGCUUCUGGAGAUGAGAACUCCAAAUAACAAAAAGGAGAUUACUAAAUUGAAAGAUGACAAGCCGAAAGAUCAGGCUGAAAUUGCAGCUUUGCAGAAAGAAAAGGCCAAUGGAUGGGUGGAAAAAAGGUCUAAUUAG